AUGUCGUUCUUCGGUGUGGACUUUGCGCGUAAGAAAGAGAGAGGUAAGUCAGUUUUAAACUUGGAAAUUGAUAUUCUGAACGCAACAUUUACUGUCAUAAAGAGGUCACGUUGGUGCAGUGUAGAUCCCUUCUGGAACAGCAGCAGAGAUUUUUUUCAUAAAACACAAACCUCCUCUGACAGGCUUAGCUGCUCACUUUUCAUCACAACGUCAUCAGGGUCUCUCUCAUCACCCAUUGUGACUGCACUGCAGUGGGACUCUUCUUCUGUAGCAUGUUGACUUUUUCAUGAUCAAAAUUUUGUCAUGACACUGAAAAAAUUUUAAAAUCAGUCACAUUAAUUCAAAUUUAAUAGAUGUCCUCAUGCAUCGACAUGCACAAGGUACACAGUAAAUUAUUUUCCAGGGCAGAGAGAUCGCCGACAAGUAAAAGCCACCUGCUUAAUGCCUGCUGCAUACUUUCUGCCGCAGGUUUUCACCAUAACAUCCAUUAACACAUACAAAAAAAAUGGACGUUAUAGUACAGGUUAUAGGCAUGAACCCCUAUGAUAACCAAUCAUUCAGUGUAAUUUACAGAUAUUACUAAGAAAACUGACUCCUGAAAAUAAAAAAUGCUGCAUGUGGUUAAACAGUUCCAACUUUUGUGUCAAAAAAAGUUAUUUUGGGAUUAAAUAUCUUGUAAUUCAGUAUUUGAUAGUAUUGAAAUGUGUCAGUUUGCCAAAAUAAGAAAAAUAGAGAACACCGUCUGUCAUAUUUUUCACCCCACAGCUGCUGCAAUUGAGGGACAGUGAGGAAAAAAAACAAGAAAGAAAGGAAGAGGAAGGAGAGCAGAGCAUCAACAUACAGAAAAGGCGAAGCGAGAGCAUCAGUUAAGAAAAGGAAGUUUAGUACAAUCACAGUGAUGACUUUUCAGCAGAACUGCACAAAAGUCACACUUCUCUCAUGUGUGUCUCUCUGCUCAGCCCCCCGUCACAGACUCUACAGCGCUAACGCUCCUCAUUCACAAGUCAGCAUAUGCUAGUGAUAUGUCAAGAUAAGGAAAUCUUUUAUUAUGGUGACUCAUUAAUUGCAGGAAAAUCUUAUUUAAUUCACCUUUUAUUACUAUUAUCAGUUUGUCAAAUGUUGGUCUGUGUUUCUUGAUUUUUUUCUGUGCUAGCCACAAAUGAUUCAAAAUCAAAGCAAACGAAAUUUAUUAUAUAGGGUCCGCAGGAGUUUAUUUGCUAUUACUGUGGUGUGGAAACAGACAUCAACAUCAUUUGGUUUUUACCUGAAAAGUAUCAAACUUCAAAAUUGUGUUAUUAUUUCUGCUCUGUUCUUUCAACUCAAGACACACUGAUGAGAUAAUUAUUCAGUACAUCUAUCAGUGGGAGGGAAGUCUCCUCUUAAACAUGUUUUUAAUGUGAUUAUUUUUACUUUAACUUCACUUCAAAUGAGAUUAAUGACAUCUGGACUUGUUUCAAAUUCACGUACAUUAAUCACUAUCCUUUUUCUGUGUCUUUUCAAACAGAGCUGGAGAGGAAACUACGUGCCAAUGACCGCGAGUACAACCUCUCCUUCAAAUAUGCAGUAAGUGCUUCAAGCCCACAUAUAUUUUACACAACAAUGCAGGAUUUUAUGUGGUCAGUGCAGAUAUUUACAAAGAAAGGGUGUGUCCUUGCUGUCAGGAGACGAGACAUCAGCCAGACAAAGAAGAAAUGUGAAUAAGGCACAUUUUUAGAUCAUCAGGACACAAAGAAAUUUUACGGAGAAGAAAUUGUGUGCGGAAUUAACAAAUAGAUGACAGGAACUUAUAAAAAGUGACAGGUAGCAGUCUUGAUAUGUCUUUUUAAGCACAUUUCCCUUUUCAAACAGUAAACAGAACAAAUUGAGAUCCACAAAAAUAAGUUUUCAACAAACAAAGUUUUCAGUUUUCAAAGAAAGGAGACCAAGCUCUGUCCAAACACAAAACAAAACUUUAUAAACUCCCCCGUCCCUCCUCUGUGUAAACAUUUACAUCCAGAGCAGCACAUCCAGUCUGUGGGCGGUUUUGUUAGUAAAGACAUUCAGAGAUGGAGUCACAUGUGAGUCAGAUCUGGGCUGGUCAGAGCGCUGAGCCUCCUGAUAAGACCCACCUGUUGCCGACCGAAUACCUACCACCAGAUCUACAAACAUCUGCAGCACGAAGUCUUUACAGAAAAACAAACUUUAACAAAAAUGAAUUAUCUCUGAGGAGCUCUAAUCUGCUUUAAAACUUUUAUUAUCUUAUUUUUUUAUGGUUAAUUGACAGAUCUAGAUAAAGCACGUCUCAACGUCCAAUUCAUAAUGCAUGAAUGUGCCCUUAACAAUGAAUCAACACCGUCAGUCAAUUCAAGGAAAGGCAGGACAAAGAUGGAGCAACACAUUACCUCAUAAACUUUACUGAUAACAAGGUUAUUUUACAUGUCGUCAUCUAUUUCUGAUUAUUUCCAAAUUUAUGAUUCACCGUCAGCAAUGUGACCAAAACUUCUUUGGAGACUGUGAACUCAUGGUUGUACCAUAUACCUAUUUUGAGAACAGUUAUUGUCAGCUAAUAGAGUAUGAAAGAUGACAAAAAGUUAAAUUAAACUGGAAAAAAACAAAGUAGACACCAGUCUGUGGACUCUUACAAAGACUUGCGUCUCCUCGUCUGACUGAUCUCAUGAUGACGGGUUUUCUGUUCCUGUUUCGGUGGUUGUUCAGCCUCAGUCUGACAGCAAAAAAACAUGUCCAACAUUUAAAUCACCAACACACAGGAAAAUAUAGUGAAACAGACGGAAAUCAAAAGUUACUUCUCUUCUGAUGCAGAUCACUAUUUAAAAGAAAGAUGACAUUUUUUACCCAUAUGUGCACAGAACAAAGUCAGCAAAAGUGUAUGGGGUGACAUAUUGUCCACAGGGGGUGCCAACAUUGACAUAAGGUUUCUUGCUUAAACCAUUGAGAACAAAUUCAGCCACUAAUUUCCCAUUUGUUAAAAUAGAAACUGGAAUCUCGUCUAAUCUAAAUGUAGGAAAACACUCAAAAACACUCAUAACUAAACAUAAGAACAGACUCGUAAAAUCUGUAAGAAAACAAUGUCAUAUUUGUUAGAUUAAUUUAGCUAACAUUAGCAGAGCUGUCACUCCCAGCCUUCAAACUUCUUACAGGCCUAAACUGGUUACACAUUGCUUUAUUUGACUAAACUCACACAACUCUAAUUUCAUUUUUUAUGAUUUCUUUGUUUAACUCUCUUCCCUUCUGUUUGCUCUCUUUUCGCUCUUUUCCCAGACAAACGCCAUCAAGACCUCCAAGUACCACUUCAUCACCUUCCUACCUCUAAACCUGUUUGAGCAAUUCCAGAGGAUCGCUAACGCCUACUUCCUGUUUCUGCUGGUGCUGCAGGUGAGCGAAACAAACACACCAAAACACAUGCAGGUGUACUCAGAGGAAAGCUUAAUGCGGCAAGUGUCAUCUCAUUUUUUAUUCUUAUUUUAUCAAAUAAGAAAAAAAAUGAAGUUUUGGUCAGUUUGUGGACCACAACAGAGACACUGUGAAAUUUAAGUUUCAGGAGAGUUUUUCUUUUAACAUAAUAAAAGCGACAGAUUCAGACGGACCUUAUGGUGGGAAUUCCUGUUUCACACACUUACAGACAUGCAAACCAACACAACACGUAUGCAUUAUAGCGCCUUACUGUUUCACAGUAAGACCAUGUGUGCUAACCAAACAGGAUGUGGAUGAAGAGAGAGAGAUUGAGGAAGUGUAAUAUCCAGCCCAGGAAAUUGCCUCAUGGUUUGCAAAACUGAAAACAGUCACACUGAACCGCAGAGGUCGUCUGCUGAGAAUUCUGUGCUGACAAGAGGGAAAUUCAGCUGUUUUGAAUAAAUUAAAAGCAACAUUUUUACGUACUUUUCUAGACAAGUUAAAACCCAUUCUGUUUAUUUCCUAGCAUUAAAAUCUCUCAGGGUUUGACGCAACUUGUUCUUGGAUUGAUAUUAACAUAGAAUCCCUGGUCAUCCUUUCAUGGCCUUUUUUUUUAAACUUUCAACAAAAUCGGGGGCCUGUGAUAUAAAUAAAGGUCAACAUACUCAGGGUUUCUUUAGAUUAUGAGGUUUCACUGAUCCUGACUGAGGAGAUCCCACGAAGCGGUCAAACAAGGCUGGUUCUCAACCUGAUAUGACGACCAACAGUUACCAUGAAUUGUUUUAGAUGAAAUGGUGAAAGCAACAUGAAUAAGCACAGAAAUGAACAAGUCUGACACCCGUAGCAAACUGGUUUUAAAAAAUAUUUAGCAGUAAAACAGAAAAUUGUGACUCAAAUAUCAAAUCAGUCAUCAUGUUAAUAUAUUUUUGUGUCUCUUUUGUUGUCGGUUUGUCUUUAGAGUGAGUCCCCAGUUUGUAUUUCCUGUCUCUUUUGUGCAGAUUUAACUUCAUAUUCAUAUUCGUCUUUAGAUGUCUGAACUGAAAUAAGGUCUCUCUUUGUGUGUUUUUCAGGUGAUCCCUCAGAUCUCGUCUCUGUCUUGGUUCACCACUGUGGUUCCUCUAGUUCUCGUGCUGACAGUCACUGCUGCCAAAGAUGCCACAGACGAUAUUGUAAGCACAUGUCUCUGACUUUCUUUAUCAUCAGUUCAUUAUAUCAUGAAUAAAGGCAUAAGUAACAUAAAACACUUACUGCCUGAACACGUGGGAAUUUCCCUCUAUUGUUACAUGAACUUCUGUAAUGUUAUGGAAACAACAUAUUUAUCCAGUGUCGGUAAAAACUCACUCAGCACUGUGUGUUACUUUCUGUUAUCUCAGGCUGCUGAUAAUCACCGUUUACUUACUUUGACUGUGGGAAAAAUAUCAGCCGUCUCAUGUACCAAACACUUCACUCUGUGCUAAAACCAUGUCGUCACAUUUUCAGUGUCUAACAGGACACACAAAAGUCUGGAAAUGUAAAGCAGCCACUUUAUUUAAAAGAACUCCACAGGACAUUCAAAUUUGGUACCUAAUGCUGAAAACUUUGGGUCUUGAUUCAGAUUUGCCGUUUAUUGCUUGUAAAGAUGGAUGUGGUUUCUCCUCUUCCUGUUGUUGUACUAAGGUGAUGCCAAAAGUUCCCGCAGCAGGUGCCGACGUAAUGCAUGACUGAGGAAAUCUGGCGUUUCAUAUCAGUGUUUCAUAUCCAGCUUUAAAAUUCUUAAUAGGAACUUUAAAAUACCUGAUUUGACCUUUUUUUACUGUUAUUACAAAAGAGAGGAUUUCAUCAGAUUUGUGGCAACGCUGUAAUGAAGACAUGAAUUGAUGUCAUAAAGGAAAUGAAACUGAUUAAGAAAUAACCAAAAACUCUCCCAGUCCAGGCUCACAACUACAAUAACAGUGUACUCACUCUGCAUACUCAUGAGGAAGUAGAAUUUUUAUUUACUGAAAGGUCAAACUGUUUCUUUGUCAUUACUUUCUGGAAACAUGAGCAGAACCAGAAAACAAUUAAAGGAAAAAGCUUUUUGUUUACUUUAGGCUUUCAAGGUUAACCAAACGCAUGAGUACGUGUGUGUUUGUACAUGUGUGCGUGUGGGGUGGAGACACCAAAUAACCUCAUGCCAAACCACCACAAGGAAAUGAAUUCAGUCAUGGGUUAAACAUUAGCUGAAGGAGAACAGGCGUCUUUUUGUUUGGCUGUCUUGAACGCUCCUCGCCCGUCGUUGCCCAUCUGUUCCCAGAGUGAAGUCAGCGGGCACGUCCAGGCUUGAUUUGAUCUGUACUCGCUCACAGAAACUCAACACUGACCAUGUUUGGUGAGGUGGAUAACCUUGCAAAACAUAUGCAGAAUUAACUGACACCAUGGCUGGGAUGACUGCUGUGAAAGGAAGUUUUAUAAGUAUGGAGGCAUUCAUCAGAAAGAGAGAGAGUAUUUGACAGACAUCACUUUUUCCUCUCACUUUGCAUUCACCUGUUUAUGGAGCAGGAGGUGAUUACAGAGUGAAGAUAUGAUAUAAAACUUUAUUGGGUCAUUAGGCCCGAUGCUCCUUUACUGCUUUUUGUAUUAUCAGUGGAAAUGACAGCACAGACUGUGGGUUUAUUGGCAGUGGAAUAACUAACAAAACAAUCCACAUAAAAAACACACAGAUCUAUGCCAUAAAAACUCCUCACAUCCUCACAGGACUUCAUUGUAACACUCAUGAAGGUUUCGUGGAUCUCUUCUCACCCCCCAGGGUGGUCAGUACAUGACCAAUUAGAAAUUAAUUGCAUGCUCCCCCUUCAAAUAUGAACUCUGUUUUCAUGCACACUCCACUCGGAUGAAUACAUUAUGUAUUAGAUCGCUGGAAUGGCAUAAAAAUUGUGUGGAUUUCAUGAGACACAGCAGAAAUGUAAAAUCGGUCAUUUAUGAGUUGUGGGUGGUCUAAAUAGUCACAGUUUCAUUAAAGAAAUGGAUAAAUAAAACCUCAUUUGACAAACCCUGUUUGCAAAAAUUACUUUAUAGUGACAUUCAAAUUGAUCUAACUGGAAGUCCCUUAUCCCUUGCUCACGUGAACAUUUAUAUAUAUUUGUACAAGUUCCCCUUAUAUUUGCACUUCAAUAUUUCAAAAUUAAAACACAGUGCAACACUCGGUUGAAACAGCUUUGUCUGAAGAAAGUGUAGAUCUAAACCGAAUUUUCUUGUCGGCUUCUUUUUGACUGAGUGCUGUUUCUUUGUGUGUGUGUCUUUUUUUCAGAACCGCCACAGGAGCGACAAUCAGGUCAACAACCGUAAAGUUGAAGUCCUCAUUGAUAGAAAGUAAGCUAAUUCAUGUGCAAUACACCAGGACACAUAGAUAGAAAGCUUCAGGUUGUUUUGUUUAGGUUUUGUUGAGGCAGCAUGAAGGUACUUCAUUCUUUCUGUACUGGUGGGUAUUCCACAGGGCACCAUACUAGCGCCCCUAAAGUUUUGUUUUAAAAAGCCCCUGAAAAGAUCCAUAAGAGUGGCUAAUUGUUUAAGAGAGGAAUAAAGCCAUGUAUGAAUCAGACAUAGCUCAGAUAUUUGAAAUAGCAGAUAUCAGGUCAACAGGAUACAAAACAAGCACUCCCAACCAUCCUGCAGCUGCUUCCUGCGGCUGCACUAGAGAGAGUUUUGGUUUAUGUGGCACGCAAGGACAAUGAGGACCUAAGCAAACCUGUGUAGCUGUUACAUUUAUUAUGUUAUUGUUCACCUGAUGCAGUGUAAAAUAUCACCAAACAGUGGUUUAAAAUAAGGUGCAGCUCAUGCUUACCUCGUAAUUUCGUCACAUUUGUUCGAUAAAUGUAUUUCUCCUAAAAUGAGUUCAGGAAAUAAAAGAAAUAAUUUUAGAAGAAGUCCUAUAAUCUUAUAAUAAUUGGACAAGAAAUGUGAGCAACUUUAUUGACAAAACUGACAGACUGAUCAAAAUUAAUUUAGUGGCUAUUUAGGUGUAUAUAAAACAUAAUUUAAAACCACUAAAUGAUUGUAUUCCUGCCAAGUUUUAAAACUCAGACUGUUUACGUCUGACAGAAGAGCCAGGAAACUACCAGGAGCAGGCAGUGAAAGAGAUGACUAAGAAUAGGAUGACCGCUCUGUUCAGGACUUUUUAUUUUCCUCAGUUUAUUUCCUGUCCAAUAACAGAGAAAAAAAAACCUUCUCUGAACUUUACAACUCACUCAAACACACACAAUCACACACAAACUCAAACACACACUCACACACACAGUCUAAACACUCACUGACCUGUUUCCUGUCCCCAGACUGCGCAGUGAGAAAUGGAUGGACGUCCAGGUGGGAGACAUCAUCAAACUGGAAAAUAACCAGUUUGUGACUGUGAGUAAACAAAGAAAGUAUCUCCUCAUUUUACUCUCCUCCACUUUCACCUCCAAACUCUAUCAAUCUUUAUUAUUGGUUAUAAAUUUACGGUGAUCAAUGCCUUCUUGACGCUGCAUUUCAGGCUGACCUCCUCUUGCUGUCCAGCAGUGAACCUCUCAACCUGGUUUAUAUAGAGACAGCAGAACUGGAUGGGUGAGAAGAUGUUUUAUAUCAUAUCAUUAUAAAGCUGAUUCAGCAUAUCUGAAUAUCAUGCAGAGGAUUGAGUGAUUCACCCCUUCUUCUUUAUUUACCUGCUUCUCUUUAAACUUCACUCAUUCCUCUUCUCUACCACCUCCUCUCUGCACUUUCUCUUCUCCUCUUCUUCAGAGAGACGAACCUGAAGGUCAGACAGGCCCUGCCUGUUACAGGAGACCUGGGAGAUGAUAUUGAAAAGCUGGCAGACUUUAAUGGUAAGAAAACUGGACUGCUACAGAUAGCAGAGUUGAAACUGAGUCACCAAACUUCGAGUUCAGAUCAAGUCUUCAUUAUGCGAGUCUGAGUCAAGUCCCCACUACCUUACCUUUGACACUCCAAACUAUUGAUUGUUUAAACUCUGUGUGACCUCUUGGAUGUGUAGAAAACACAUUUCUUUUAUUAACAUUAGAUCUUGGUAAAUCCUGUUAGUGUUUUUGGAGAUCAAGAUCAUAGAUGGAUAUUUAGAUUGACAGACAGACUAACAGAGGACUCAAACUCUUCAGUUGGACCAGUAGGAGUUCUCCCAGUGUAAAUCUGCGCCCCUCUGUCUCCUUAGGUGAGGUGCGCUGCGAACCCCCCAACAACCGCCUGGACCGCUUCACAGGAACGCUCACCAUUGCUGGUCAGAAAUACCCGCUGGACAACGAGAAGAUCCUGCUGAGAGGCUGCACGCUGAGGAACACAGAAUGGUGCUUUGGACUGGUGCUGUUUGGAGGUGGGUCAGACUUUUUAUAUACAUAUUAUCAUAAGAAAGUGAGGGAACUUUGCUUACUUACACCCCUAUUAAAAAAAAAGAUUAAAAAAAAAACUAAAGAAUGAUGUUUGAUCGAAUUGAAACGUACUUUGAGGUUUUGCUUAUUUUUAAUGUUCUUAUGCAGGUCCAGAGACGAAGCUGAUGCAGAACUGUGGGAAGAGCACAUUCAAGAGGACCAGUGUGGACCGUCUGAUGAAUGUCCUUGUCCUUUGUGUGAGUCUUGAGGUCAUUAGUUGUUUGUGUGAUAGCCAAUAGCUCAUUAUUUAAACUUAGCGUGUGCUGUCAGAGUAAUGACACCCGUAAAACUCUCAACAACAGAGGUCCUCCUUUCCCUGCAGGUGUAUUUUUGCUCUCGUAUAAUUUCUUGCUGUAUGUUUUAAAUGCUUAAAGUCAGUCCAGUCCAGCCAUAAAGGUCUUCUAAGUAAUUUUGCAAGUCAGGGGUGGAUUAAAAUCUAUAUUGUCAUUAUUGUGAGAAUAUUGCCAUAUUUUUGUUGUUACCUCCUCUGCAGAUUUUCGGUUUCCUGGCAUUCAUGUGCACCAUCCUGGCGAUUGGAAACUUCUUCUGGGAGAGAAACGAAGGCUCAGAGUUCAUAGUCUUCCUGCCCAGAGAAAAUCAAAACGGAGCUGGCAUCUCUGCCUUCCUCACGUUCUGGUCCUACGUCAUCAUCCUCAACACAGUGGUGCCCAUCUCUCUCUACGUUAGGUAAGAAAAACUUUGUCAGGACUGUAGAUUUCCAAAGACAGAAAUGAAAUACAGACAGAACUGAACAAACAAAACAAAUGAAAAAAGAUCCUACUUGUUUCCCAUUUUCUCUGCAGCGUGGAGAUCAUUCGAUUAGGGAACAGCUUCUACAUUGAGUGGGACAGAAAGAUGUACUACUCACGUAACGACACCCCCGCUGAGGCUCGUACCACCACGCUGAAUGAGGAGCUGGGACAAAUUAAGUACGUCUUUAGCGACAAGACAGGAACGCUCACUCAGAAUAUCAUGGUGUUCAACAAGUGCUCCAUCAACGGCAAAUCCUACGGUAAGACUCAAGAAGUCAUGUUUAGCUCUUGAACUGGUUGCAGGUUAGAUUUCUGGAUUACAAUAUCCUCCUAAUUUAUGCUUUUUUAACUUUUUUAAAACUUUUUGUGCUGCUUUCUUGUUUUUCAGGGACUUAAAAUGUUUUUACGCUCAUUUUCUGUCUCUGCUUGUUUUAGGGGAUGUUUAUGACUACACUGGCCAAAGACUGGAGAUAACAGAGGUGAGUUCACAAGUCAGCAAGUCAUCGUAUCCCAUGUGCUCAAAAACACUUGAAAAUUAGGAGUUCAUCAAAAAAACGAGGAAAUGAUACUAAAUGCUAUAUUGGUACUAGCUGUAGAUUUUUUUUUAUCCUCCUCUCUCACAAACCAGGAUACAGACACAGUGGACUUCUCCUUCAACCUGCUGGCCGACUCUCGCUUCAUGUUCCACGAUCACGCCCUGGUGGAGGCGGUGAAGCUGGAGAACCCCGAGGUCCACGCUUUCUUCAGACUGCUGGCUCUCUGUCACACCGUCAUGGCCGAGGAGAAGAAAGAAGGUCAGUGUUUCUGUGACCCAGUGAAGAACCCCUUGGACUUUGAAAUUGAACACAGUGAAAUAUUUGGGGGACAUCUCACUGACUUGUAUUCAUCCUAACCUGCAAAUUUUGAUGGUUAUGAUGAUUCUGUUUUAGAGUGGGCCAAGUGACUCCUCCCACCAAACACAGAAUAUUUAAUUCUCUCUUUCUUGCAGGUGAGAUUUUCUACCAGGCCCAGUCUCCAGAUGAGGGAGCUUUGGUCACGGCCGCAAGAAACUUUGGAUUUGUGUUUCGCUCUCGGACCCCAGACUCUGUUUCCAUUGUGGAAAUGGGACAGCAGCGCAGCUACGAACUCCUCGCUAUCCUGGAUUUCAACAACGUCCGCAAGAGGAUGUCUGUUAUAGGUACAAAAGCUGGUGUGAUAAUGAUCAUAAACAUUUUCAGUCUUGAUUUAAAAUAGGGUUCAUGUUUGUUCUCAUGCCUGUGUGUAUUUGUGUGUGUGUGUUUGUGUGUUUGUGUUUUCAGUGAGGAGUCCAGAGGGGAAGCUGUCUCUCUACUGUAAAGGUGCAGACACAAUCAUCUAUGAGAGGCUGCAUCAGUCCUGCAGUAAGCUGAUGGAGGUCACCACAGAGCAUCUCAAUGUCAGUGAUAUAUCUGCGUCUUUACUGUAUGUGUGUGCAUGUGUUUUGUUGUGAUUGCAGCCACAUUCUUUAUAUUACUUUUAAAUUUAAAAAAAAACGCUGAUCGCCCCAGCUAAAAAAAUGUUAGCUCUUUUUGAUGAGUAAUGCAUUCCCAAAGUGCGUUAUAGGAAAAGGCAGAUUUUCCCGGGUGUGUCAGAACUCAGGGUGUGGUGAGGAGCGAAGAUUAGAGGAUUUUAACUGGGGAGGCAACCUACCAAGUCAGAUAAACUGAGUUUUUUUUUAAGGCUGUCGAGUUAAUAAUUAAAUCCUAAAUCUUUUGAAUAAAUCUGACACAGAAGAAGUGAUUUGAUAGGAUUAAAACGUUCACUAUUAGUACUUCAAAACGUCAUGCUGAUGAAGAAGGAGAGACCAGAAAGAGGGAAGGCAAGACAAAGAUGGAGCUACAUAUCACUUCAAAAACUUGACUAAUAAACACAAAAAACUUACAUGUCACGAUCCAUUUGUAAUGAUGUUAAACUUUAUGAUUUAUCCUCAUCACCAGCCCUGUGACUGGAACUUUUUUGAGAGAGGGUGGUGUCUCAUGAAAUAAGUGUUUGCUGUGCUUUUAUUUUGAUAGUCUCGCAUGAAGGUUUAUGUAAGGCAUUGCAAAACACUGCUUUUAUUUUGACUUCUGGUAGAUUGUAUGUUACACAGCUGAAUAAAACUAGGAUACAAGUGUAAUUGCACAGCUAAUAAGAGUCCCCAAGAUCCACAAGCUCUAAUGUGAGUUGUUAAAAGUGCUGAAUCAUCUUUCAGAGGGCGGCUAUAACUAGCUCACUAGCAGCUGCCACUGCGUCUUCUUCAUGUUCUUUGUUUGAUGACAUAUUGCAACCAGUGUAAAGGACCCCCAAUGUGCUCAGUGCAUUAUCCUUUACUUAUUAUUAUCAUGAUAUCAGUAUCUGAUUUUUUACAGAUAUGGUUUUCAUCAGUCCUACUGAUAUGUUGCAUCAGCCCUAAUAUGUACUUGUCUUUAUUCUCAAAUAUUGCUCCUGCAUUUUCUCACAGGAGACGCAUCCUCAUGUCUGUCUAACUCCUCUGCAGAGUCUCUUUCUUUAUUUCUGUUUUUCCUCAUCCAGUAGAUGUCAUAACAGAAGAUAAAACACUGAUUAUCUCCCGGUUGUCUGUUUGUCUUAGCUUGUCUUUUUAGUUUAUACCUGCAUAACAAAAUUUAAACACCUCCGCACACGACUUUAACUUCUGUUUAUCUCUCUGAAUACCAUCAGUUUCUCUGUGUUUUGGUUCUUCCAGGAUGUGUAUGUGAUCAUGUGCACCUUCAUGCAAGGGGUCAGGCUAACUAUGUGAAUGCUGGUCUGCAGGAGUUUGCAGGGGAAGGCCUGAGGACUCUGGCGCUGGCCUACAAAGAUCUGGAUGAGGAGUAUUUCAUUCAGUGGAAACAGCGCCACCAUGAGGCUAGCACGGCUCUAGACGACAGAGAGGGAAGACUGGACCAGCUGUACGAGGAGAUUGAGAAGGAUCUGCUGGUAGGGGAAGAAAACACAUAAAAAAAUGUCCUCAAAAAGUGACUGAAUGAUUUCAGCAGAUUGUUGUUCAAAGUUAUAAUUUGUUCUUGGUGUUUGUCCAGCUCCUCGGAGCAACAGCCAUCGAAGACAAGUUACAAGACGGAGUCCCUCAGACUAUCGAGCAGCUGGCCAAAGCAGACAUCAAGAUCUGGGUUUUAACUGGUGAUAAACAAGGUACAGAACUUUCAAAUACAUACUAAAAGACUUUAACACUUUUCAUUGAAGUCCUUAUAGUAUGGUUAGCGUUAGUCAAUAGUUUAUUUUUCAACCACUGAUAAGACCUGAGAAGAUGCUUAAAUGUAUUUAUACGUAUAUUUAUAUGAUACGUAUUAUUAUAUAUUUAAAGAUAUUUAUAUCUUUAAAAGUUAAAUUAACAGCAAAGUCAGCAUUUCUAUUAUUGCUUAUUUGACGAUGUAAGACUCCCAUUUGAAGUUUGAGAAGAGUUUGUAUUUCUCAUUAACAUCAGUAGAAAGUUAAUUGAGAGUUUUGAGAUUUUAAGUCAAUGUACAAAAACAUUCAACUGAAUUAUUAAAGCUGUCUAUGUCCACAAGAAUUUUGUAUUAAACCUGUAAAAAAAUCACUCUAAUGUUAAAAAGUUCUAUUGAUGCUUAUGAAAGGUAUCUUGUAUGUUGAUAUGUUUCUAAUGGGAGCCUGAAAAUGUCUUAUAAGCAACAAUAAAGGUGUGAAUGAUGCUCCUAAUUAGAGUUAUUUAGACUAACUAAUGUUUUAAAGCUUCUUUAUAUUCAAGGUCUGUGUAAAGACAUUCAUUAACAGUUAAUAAGACCUUAAAAGAUGCCUAUACACCCAAGCAUACCCUUGUGAUCAAGUGUUUGUAAAAAAACAGCCUCCACAUAAAGCACAACAGCACCUCCACCUACUAAAGUGUCAGAGAGGACAGUUUAACAGAAGUUCACUCAUCGAAUCCUCCUCACCUUUGAUUUUUCAUCCCAACUCCCUCACCUCUUAACACAGAACAAAAAUUUUCUGCAUGACCAAUCAGGCCAGCAAAAUAAACAGCUCCUCCUCUGCCUGUAUAUGCAGGGAGUAUCAAGUUUUACUGGUCUGGGAAACAUUCAUCAGAAAUCCAUCAUGCAUUCUGCGAUAAUGUGCUUCAUACAGGAGCAUCAUACAGGAUCAUAUUAACGUGAUCUUUUGUGUUUAAAAUAAUAUGCUUGUGUUGUUAGUCAGUGUAAAAUUUCUGGUGUUGCAUGUGUUUCAGAAACUGCAGAAAACAUCGGGUACUCCUGCAACUUACUGCGGGAGGAGAUGAACGAGGUUUUCAUCAUCUCGGGAAACUCCCCUGAAGAUGUCAGACAGGAGCUGAGGUCAGACAGAAACACUUAUCAUGUUGCAUCUUAAAAAAUGUUUGUCAAGUCUUAUUUGUCUCAUGCACAAUAAUCAUUACAAAGACACUAAUGAGGAUGAAGUGUUUGUUAAUUAAGAAUUCCUGCAACAGUGCCUACACUAAAUCUUAAGAAUAAAUUUUUAAAAUCUUCUAUCUCCAGUAUAAAAAGAUGAAUUCACUAAAUCCUAAAACUACACCAGGACGGCAUUUUAUAAGACAUUUUAUAAGAUUUUAUAAGUAGAUCUAUCACAAUUGAAAAAGUGAUAAUAAAAGUGAUUACCACACACACACACAACCAUAACAACAAGGUGCUUUGGAGUAGGUGUAAAUAGCUUACACAAGGAAUAAAGAGUUUAGAGGGUGAAUUAAAAAAUAUAAUAAAAGUUUCUGUAGAAAAGCAGAGCAGUAGAUUAACCGUGUAAUUUCUGUUUAAAUCCUGUUUUUUAUAAGUUCUCUGAAAUUCAUCUUUUUCUUCGUAUUUGUGGUCAGAAAUGCACAAACCGCCAUAAAACCAGCUUCAGACGAGGAUUCAGUGUUUCUGCCACAGGGAACUGUGAGUAAUGGUCCCACAGUGGUCUCUGAAGAGGUGGCGAACGGAGAGUACGGCUUGGUUAUCAACGGACACAGCCUGGUACGCCAAAGAAAAAGUCCUUAUCAAAAUACAUUUCGUAAAGGGCCUCCUUAUUCAUUGUAUGUACUCAGAAAAGAAAGAAAGAAAGAAAGAAAGACAGACAGACAGACAGGUAGGAAACAUCCACCCAUGCAAACAACAUGAACAGUGCAUUUAAGAAUAAUAAUACAUUUAUUUAUCCCCAAAGGGAAAUUCAAUUGUCUGUAGUCUCAUUUGUCAUGUCUCAGAAAGUCAUCUAUAUUAUAAUUUAUAUUACAUAACAGGAAAAUAAAAACACCUGAAAUGUUAUUUCAAUAAGUCAAAAUACCUUAAAAACACUCCUUUUAUUACCUUCUGUUACGUUGACACCUGCAGUUUCACACUUUUCACACUUGUACUGUUAUGUGUUAGAAAGUUAUACAACCCCUGUGUGUCAUCAUCACUUUCCUGUCUUCCCCUCAGGCGUACGCCCUGGAGCGCAGCCUGGAGCUGGACUUCCUGAAGACGGCCUGCAUGUGCAAGGCGGUGAUCUGCUGCAGAGUCACUCCUCUGCAGAAAGCUCAGGUGGUGGAGCUCGUCAAGAAGUACAAGAAGGCAGUCACACUGGCGAUAGGAGACGGAGCCAACGAUGUCAGCAUGAUUAAAGGUAUCGUCAUGGAAACAGAGAAUAUUUGUGGGUGUUUAUUAUGGUUUUUGUCCCAUUUGAAAAUCUGUGUGAGAGACAUAAAGGACUACAUCAGAUGUAGCUGCUCAAAUAUUCAUCCGUCUCUGUCCAUCCAGCGGCUCAUAUAGGCGUGGGAAUCUCGGGUCAGGAGGGCAUGCAGGCAGUGCUGUCCAGCGACUACUCCUUCGCUCAGUUCCGCUUCCUGCAGCGCCUCCUACUGGUGCAUGGCCGCUGGUCAUACUUGCGUAUGUGCAAGUUCCUGCGCUACUUUUUCUACAAAAACUUCACCUUCACCUUCGUGCACUUCUGGUAUGCCUUCUUCUGCGGCUUCUCUGCACAGGUGAGGGAGAAAUUAAUGCAAUCUCAGAGUUUGACUUUAUAAUUGUAAUUGACUUUAUUAUGAUUUUAUAUUCAUGAUAAGUAUAAUCAAUGAUAAUUGUUCCUCAGAAAAUACUGGGACAAUGUUUAAUUCUAAAAAGUGAAAAUCAUUUUACUGUCUUUGUUGUGUUCAAGUAUAAAUGUUGUAAAAGAAGUUAACAGAUUUUCUGUUCCUGCUUUUUGCUUUUCAGACGGUGUACGACGAGUGGUUCAUAACACUGUAUAACCUGGUGUACACGGCACUUCCUGUGCUAGGAAUGAGUCUGUUUGAUCAGGUAACUCAUGGCUAUCUGUGUGUGGAGUCCCCUGCUAACUACUAUAACAAAUGUGGACAUAAAGGAUUCCUGCAAGCCUAAAGUUCUAUUCUAAUCGUUUUUUUUUUUCUUCUUUUUUUUUUUUUUUUUUUUUACAACUUAGAGUGUUCUCACUGGUCUUGAAAUUGUGAUUAUGAAGUUUUUAGCCAAAAUCACGUCACCCAUGUCAUCUUCAAGAGCUUUUCUUCUGCAGAGCUCCAUUAGCUCAUUAGCAAUUCACCUUUGAGUCGUGGGUGGAGACAGCGCUGCUCUGCACACUCCUCUUCACGCUGACUUGCAGCCUAACAUUGCCAGUGUAGUAGAAGUGGCAGGUAACAUAGGAGCUAUUCAGCUCUCAGACACUAAUGUCUUCGGGGACAUAAUCGCAGUUAACCCUUGUGCACCCCUAGGGACCGUUUUGGUCCUUUGUAACUAUACUUUUGUGGAUAAUUUUGGCUGUGAUGAUGCAAAUGGCAUGAAAGUUUGCCAAAGUGUGUAAUUUUAGGUGCAAUUUAAUUUUUUUUCUUUUUUCUUCCUUUAACCUUUUUUGCAUGUGAGCAAUUUUUAUACUUCAGUAAACACCCCUAAGGACCGAAACGGUCCCAUUGACUCCCAUUAAAACAUGUUUUUUUCAAUACACUGCCAAUGCAGUAUAAUUUUUGGAUUUUUUUUUUCUCAUGUACACCUAUUCUUUGAGGGUCAAACUGUUUUUUUUUUUUAUGCCGACCAGCAGAUGGCGCCAUUUUUCUUUUUUCCUGCCAUACCCUUUAGAACCAGAGGGGCACUGUUUUCCCUUUGUCACAGAGCUGGUUUAUUUCAUGCAUAUAGAUAGAUAGAUUGAUAGAUAUAUAAUUUAUUGAUCCCAAACUGGAAAAUUCUCAUGUUACAGCAGCAAAAAAAUACAAAAUAGAAUUAAAUAUAAGAAGAAAUAUGUACAAUGCAGACUAAAAAUACUAAAUAUAUACAUUGAAUACAGGCUAAAUAUACUAAACAUCUUUAGAGAGAAAAUAAAUUUAAUAAAAACUAUUUAGGUGUGCUUUUGGGACAUCAUGGAUUAUGUGCAUGUGUUUUCAUGAAUUACUUGUGUGUGUGUGUGUGUGUGUGUGUGUGUGUGUGUGUGUGUGUGUGUGUGUGUGUGUGUGUGUGCAUAUGCAGCCAUGAGAAUAGCCAAAAUCCUUCCAGAAACAGCGGCAGUUGUACAAUCUGCACCUGCAGUUUCCUUCUGUGUGUGUGUGUGUGUGUGUGUGUGUGUGUCUGAUUGUGUGUGUGUGAUUGUGUGUCUGAUUGUGUGUGUGUGCGCACGUGUGUGAGCAAGCUCAUGAGGUUCAUAGCGGGCACCUGAUCAAUGUGAGUGCGUAAAAGCAAGCGAGGAAGGGAUGGAGUGUGAGUGUGUGUUUGUGUGUGUGUGUGUGUGUGUGUGUGUGUGUGUGUGUGUGAGAUUGUGUGUGCGAGCGUGCGUGCGUGUGUGCGUGUGUAAGCGCACGCACGAGGUUCAUAGCUGGCACCUGAAGAGGGAGGGCUUCAUCAAUGUGCUUACGUAAAAGCAAGGGAUGGAUGGAUGGAUGGUGUGUGUGUGUGUGUGUGUGUGUCUGAUUGUUUGUGUGUGUGUGUGUGUGUGUAUGUGUGCAUGUGUCUGAUUGUUUUUGUGUGUGUGUGUGUGUGUGUGUGUGUGUGUGUCUGAUUGUUUGUGUGUGUGUGUGAGCGAGCGCACGAGGUUCAUAGCAGGCACCUGAUCGAUGUGCGUGCGUAAAAGCAAGCAAGGGAUGGAUGGUGUGUGUAUGUGUGUGUGUGUUUGAGAUUGUGUGUGAGAUUGUGUGUGCGUGCAUGCAUGUGUGAGCGCACGCACAAGGUUCAUAGCGAGCACCUGAAGAGGGAGGAUAUCAUCGAUGUGCGUGCAUAAAAGCAAGAGAUGGAUGGAUGGAUGGAUGGAUGGUGUGUGUGUGUGUGUGUGUGUGUGUGUGUGUGUGUGUGUGUGUGUGUGUGUGUGUGUAAUACACUACAGAAAAAAAAAAAUCUUUUCAAAUUUUCUCAUCAAUGUUUACCAAUCCCAUGCUCUAAUAAUCAAAAGUUUAAAAAAACAAUUUGCAUAUAUAGGAUGGAAAAUAAUUCACUAAUUGUGUUUUUUGACUUAAGAUAAUAUCAGGUUUUUACAAAAAAGACUGGCAUUUAUGGGGUUAAAAUACACAACCUGAAUAAAGUUUUGCUAUUUAUGAUUAGGUUAUAAGUCAAUGAUGGCAGCCAAAAAAAAAAAAAAUUUAAAUACAUUUAUUUAGACCAUAUUUUUACUCCAGCAAAAUGGAGGGGACCGUUUCGGUCCCUAGGGGUGUUAAUUGAAGUUUUUAUUAUUAUUCAACACUACAGAAAAAAUACAAAUCCUUUCAAAUCCAUUUUCUCAUCAAUGUUUACCAAUCCCAUGCUCUAAUAAUCAAAAGUUUAAAAAAACAAUUUGCAUAUAUAGGAUGGAAAAUAAUUCACUAAUUGUGUUUUUUGACUUAAAAUAAUAUCAGGUUUUUACAAAAAAGACUGGCAUUUAUGGGGUUAAAAUACAAAACCUGAAUAAAGUUUUGCUAUUUAUGAUUAGGUUAUAAGUCAAUGAUGGCAGCCAAAAAAAAAAAUUUUUAAUAUAUUUAUUUAGACAAUAUUUCUACUGCAGCAAAAUGGAGGGGACCGUUUCGGUCCUUAGGGGUCUUAAUUGAAGUUUUUAUUAUUAUUCAACACUACAGAAAAAAUACAAAUCCUUUCAAAUCCAUUUUCUCAUCAAUGUUUACCAAUCCCAUGCUCUAAUAAUCAAAAGUUUAAAAAAACAAUUUGCAUAUAUAGGAUGGAAAAUAAUUCAUUAAUUGUGUUUUUUGACUUAAAAUAAUAUCAGGUUUUUACAAAAAAGACUGGCAUUUAUGGGGUUAAAAUACAAAACCUGAAUAAAGUUUUGCUAUUCAUGAUUAGGUUAUAAGUCAAUGAUGGCAGCCAAAAAAAAAAAAAAUUUAAAUAUAUUUAUUUAGACCAUAUUUUUACUCCAGCAAAAUGGAGGGGACCGUUUCGGUCCUUAGGGGUGUUAAGGGAAGUUUUUCUUAGGGGUGCACAAGGGUUAAUAUCAUAAUUAGCUUUCUUACGAGCAUUGCAAUCUGCUAACGCACACGCUUGUUCCAUGAUUGUCCUCUGUACUUCUCCGAGUCUGGCCUGCAUAGUGGGGCUUUGAGAAUUUGUGAUGUAGAAAAUCUCACUGUGUCUGAACCUGCUGUUCGGGUCUGUGAGAGGUUCACAGCGAUUUAAAUGCAGAAAUAUUCCGAAAUGCAAUUUCACACUUAUUUUUCUUAUAAUAUGCCCUGGAGCAUCAGAAAAAUGCCAUAUGAACAUGUAAAAAACAAGAAAAACAGGAUUUACAUCAGAGUGGGUCUUAAAUUUUCUUCAAACUCACUUAUGUUGACGUCUCACCUUUGUCUCCCUCUGCUGGUCAGGACGUGAACGACGUGUGGAGUUUCCAGCACCCUCAGCUUUACAUUCCUGGUCAGCUCAACCUCUACUUCAGCAAAAAGACUUUCUUCAAGUGUGCCCUCCACAGCUGCUACAGCUCCUUGGUGCUCUUCUUCAUCCCCUACGCAGCCAUGCACGACACGGUGAGGGGCGAUGGGAAAGACAUCUCAGACUACCAGUCCUUCGCUCUCCUCACUCAGACGUGUCUGCUGUUCGCUGUCACCAUCCAGGUAUGAGGGAUCCUCUGAAUACUCUUUUGUGUAGAGUUAUAAAUGCUCACAUACUUUUUAACAUGUUUCCUCCUUGUGUGUGUAGUUGGGGCUGGAGAUGUCUUACUGGACGGCAGUGAACACUUUCUUCGUGUUGGGCAGUCUUGGCAUGUACUUUGCGGUCACGUUCACCAUGUACAGUAACGGCAUGUUCCUCAUGCUGCCGUCAGUUUUCUCUUUUAUUGGUGAGUGGAUUCUGAAUAAAGACAUCAAAGUCAGUCUAAUCCUAAAUCUCAUCACUCACUUACCAGAGGAGACAGCAUCAAGUGAGCACAGACAGAAUAUUAACAGAGCUGUUUGACCUCUAAGCCUGAGGAGCCAUGUCUGUCACUGAUUACAGCUAAAAGAACUGCCUGAAUAAAAACCUCAUAUUUGUGUGUUUUUCUGCAGGAACCGCCCGAAACUCUCUGAGCCAGCCAAAUGUUUGGCUGACGAUCUUCCUCACCUCCAUCCUGUGUGUUCUUCCUGUGAUUACCUACCGCUUCCUGUUUAUACAGCUCUGCCCAACCAUCAAUGAUAAGGUAUAGAUUGGUGCAGAACGGUUCUGUGCUCAUUAUUUACAUUUUACUAGUCUGACAAAAUAUAUAACGUAAAAUACAAGAACUUUUUAGAUUUAGAUCUGUUCAGAAAUCCUCUGUUAGCUGAGUGAUUGAGAGCAGAGGUUUUUGAUCUGAAAUGCACACCUGUAUAUGUGUCAUGGUAUCAGAUUUUCACCUGCAUGGUAACAAUAUUAUCACAGACAUCAAUAUGACUUUCAGUCUAUGUCAUAAACCUGAGAAACUCCUCACAGGAGCUUAAAGUCGAUCUUUCAGUUCUUUGACCAAACAGAUUCACCACAUUUUGUCAUUGUUGCUGCCCUCUCAAAUUCUCAGGUGAUGUUCAAGGUGAGACAGGCCAAAGCCACACCUCCUCCUCCACCUCGUCGCACCCGCAUCCGCCGCACCAGCUCCCGCCGCUCUGGCUAUGCCUUCUCACACGCUCAGGGCUAUGGUGAUCUGGUGACUUCUGGGCGGUUCCUUCGGCGUCCUGCAGUGUCGCGGUCGUCAGGUUUUCCAAACAUCGGUCGGCCCACCACUGGCUUCAGUCCGAUGGGGCGAUCAGCAGGAUACAGCCCGACAGGGCGGCCUCAGAACACCAAGACCCCAGACGUGGAGGUGACAUCUCUGCAGAUGUACAGGACUUUCAGUGAUCCUGCUCUCUGA